AAUCAUAUUAAUAUUGGCACACACUUUUAUUUUUUCUCCCUCCACCCUCACGCGCUCUGCUAUAAGAGACACCAACAGAGUCACGAGCAAGCCACUUCACAAUUCUCAACACUUUGUUGCCCUCACGCCACUUCGCAUGCGUACUCUCACACACUAGUGUUUCUCUUAGCUUACCUUGCCUUCACUACCUCUCUUGCACAUGUGCGCAACACACACGCUUAGUUUAUAGGUGAUGAAGGAAAUUCUGGAUGAUUCUUAAAAUGCCGGUGAUGAAGAAUUCUCAAAGCUUUCUUGAAUGGCGGUUGUGAAGCUUCUCCAAACCACCUGAAUUUUCUGCAAGCUUAAAGAAAUUUCUAGAUAAAGAGAGGCGGUGGUGAUUCUUCAAUAAUUAACAACUCUGUUUCUUUGCAAUAAACCCAUCAUUAUUAGCUUGUAAUUGAGGAUGUUGAGGCUUUAUUGCUUGCUAAUUCUUAUGCUAAAUUUAGCAUUACCAGUCUUAUCUGUUGAUACGUAUAGCAAAGAGGACUUCCCUCCUGGCUUUAUUUUUGGUGCUGCUACCUCUGCUUAUCAGGUGGAAGGAGCAGCACGUGAGGAUGGUAGGAGUCCCAGCGUUUGGGAUACCUUUUCUCGUGGAGGAGGAGAUGUGGCAGUUGAUGAGUAUCACAAAUACAAGGAAGAUGUCCAACUUAUGGCUGAAACUGGAUUAGAUGCCUAUAGAUUUUCCAUCUCAUGGGCUAGGCUUAUCCCAAAUGGAAGAGGACCUGUCAAUCCAAAGGGCUUACGGUAUUACAACAACCUCAUCAAUGAACUUAUUAGCCAUGGCAUCCAAGCACAUGUUUUAUUAUACAAUUAUGAUCAUCCACAAUCACUUGAAGAUGAAUAUGGAGGAUGGCUUAGCAGAAACAUUGUGAGAGACUUCACAGCUUAUGCAGAUGUGUGCUUCAGAGAAUUUGGUGAUAGGGUUUCAUCUUGGUCUACCAUAAAUGAGCCCAACAUCUUUGCAAAUGGUGGUUAUGACCAGGGAGUAGUGCCGCCGGGAAGAUGUUCUUAUCCAUUUGGAUUAUGGAACUGCUCCAAAGGCAACUCCUCCACGGAGCCAUACUUGGCAGCUCAUAAUAUGUUGUUGGCGCAUGCAUCAACUGUAAGAUUGUACAAGGAUAGAUAUCAGAGCAAGCAAAAUGGAGUUAUAGGAGUCACCCUCUAUGCCCUAUGGCUUGUCCCGCUAACUAACUCAACAGAGGAUGAAACUGCUGCACAAAGAGCCAUGGACUUCUUAAUUGGUUGGUUUGUAAAUCCCCUGGUGUUUGGAGACUAUCCUGAAGUAAUGAAAAAAAAUGCAGGUUCAAGACUUCCAGUCCUUACAGAUCAAGAAUCCAAAUUGGUAAAGGGAGCAUUUGACUUCCUAGGACUGAUACAUUACACUACAGUUUACAUCAAGGAUAACUCCAAAAUUCUGAAAACGGAGAAUAGAGAUUUCAAUGCAGACAUGGCAGUAACUAUCUCGUUCACACAAGAUGAAGAUGAUCCAUUCGGAUUAUUCCCAGUAGAGUAUCCUCAAAGGCCUUGGGGUCUGCAAGGAUUAUUGGAGUAUCUUAAGCAAGCUUAUGGCAAUCCUCCUGUUUACAUCCACGAAAAUGGGCAAGUGAGCCGGCGCAAUUCUUCAUUGGAUGACACUUCAAGGGUGGAAUAUCUGCAUGCAUAUAUUGGUAGUUUGCUCGACGCAAUCAGGAAUGGAUCAAAUACGAGAGGGUAUUUCGUAUGGUCCUUUUUAGAUGUAUUCGAGUUAUUGGAUGGCAGAGGAUCAAGUUAUGGCCUGUAUUUCGUAGAUUUGGACGAUCCAAGCUUGAGAAGACUACCCAAGAAAUCUGCACAUUGGUACUCCCAUUUUCUGAAAGGAGGCAGGGUCAGCUCCAGCAGAACUCUUGAACUUGAGAAAACAUUUGGCGACUCUUCCUCAGAAACACUUGUUUCAAUAGGGUUGCAUAAAUUGUGGGAGAACAAAUAUCAGGUUUCUUACAUCUUAACGCUUACACCCUUUUUUUUUUGGGAAAGACCUUAACCCUUGGUUGCAUUUAGAGCCUAUCUGAUCUUAUUGGUUGGCAUUGGUCCACUCGGAGACUCCCUGUUCAUGUAAUCUCAAUGGGUGAGUGUGCGCAAACUCCUCUGUUAUCAUGUAUCCAAUAAACACCCGUACUCUCGAAAGUUCAGCAAA